AUGACGAGCGCCUCAGUGAGAGCUAUCGAUAAAAGCGGAAAUCAUAUAACUUGCAAAGCGUUACUCCAUACUUGCUCUACAACGAACUUUAUAACAGAAAGACUGAUGAAAAGAUUAAAAUUGCCAAAGACACGUUGCUCCUUAACAAUCGGCGCAAUGAACGAGUUAAAUACUACUGCCAAGUACUUCGCGAAAGUAACAAUCAAGUCGAUCAACUCAGAGUACGAAAGGACACUAUUAUUUUUUAUUGUGCCGAUCAUUGCAGAUGCAGUACCGGGCAAAUCAGUUUCAAGAGAAAGGUUCAAUAUACCGAAAAAUAUAAAAUUAGCUGAUCCCGAAUUUUACAAGCCAUCAAACGUCGAUUUACUUAUUGCAUCCGGGCCAACUUUGUCGAUGUUUUGCACAGGUCAAAUUAAGCUCAAUGACAACGAAGACUUGAUUUUGCAAAAAACUAAAUUAGGUUGGAUUAUAGGCGGUCAUUUAAAUUUUAAUAACACAAAAAAGAAAUCGCAAUCGGCAUUGAAACGAUUGGAGUCUUUGAAAAAGAAACUCAAAAAUAAUAAAGAGUUCGAAAAACAGUACGAAAACGGAAUGAAAGAGUACAUAAAGGCUUCUCAUAUGACAUUGAUUGAUAAAAAAGACGAAAGUUCUGACGGUUUUUACAUUCCACAUCUUCCAGUAAUAAAAGAAUCUAGUUACACAACUAAAUUUAGAUUCGUAUUCGAUGCUUCAGCCAAAUCGAGCAAUGGAAAUUCAUUGAAUGAUUGCUUACUUGCCGGUCCUACGAUUCAAGACGAUUUAUUUAGUAUUCUAUUACGUUUUCGCAAACACCCAUACGUUUUAAUUGGUAUUUAG